GCAACACCGGACCACCAACUACAUCAUCAAAGAAGAGGUUCCGAGCGCGACGAUGCUGUUCCAGCCAAGGGGACAGGAUGAAAGGCACUGGAGGUUGGAGGAUGACCCACCGGUUAUGAUCUCAGAGACUGGCCGAUGACAUCACAACUACCCCGAGCCAGAUCCGGCCAUCUAUAAAUCCUGCCCUUUCUCAGGCAGUGUCUCUCUUUCAGACACAUUUCAAUUCAUCUCAAUUCUACUUAUCUCUACUUCACGGACACCACUCAAUUCACACCCUCUAAAUAUUGCAACAUGUCUUCCGGUUCGGGUCAGUCCAGCGUCGGCAACCGUGCUCUCUACGAGGCAGGCGACCAGCGCAACGUGCCCCAGUCCGUUCUCAACGAGCAGAACCGCUACGCAGAGGGUCAGAAGAACAGCCACAGGAACCUCGAUUCGAAGGACCAACGCUCCAUCGGCAACAAGCUCGCCUCCCAAGAACAGAAGCCGGAAAGCGAUCACCACCACAACUUCGUCCAGAACCCCGAAGCCGAGCUCAGCAAGCAGGAUCCUACCAAGCCGGCCAAGGUGCACGGUAACGAACCCUCCAAGGGAGCCAAGAUUGAUGCCGAUCUGCAGGCAGAGGAUGAGCAGCGUCUCCGGGAGAAGGGCAUCAAGAAAUAAACGAUGUAAUGAUGGGCUAUGAAAAGUAGUAAUAUGUCGUGUGUUUAUGAUAGCAUGAUGACGCCUGGGGCGGUUAUAUAUAACUUCAAUCAAUAUUCACACUUUUUCUAUCA